CUAAACGCGGAACGGCAGCAGCCUCGUUCAGAGAGAAACGUGAAGACGGAUCACUCAGAGCUCGACCACCGUGUCGCGCAUAGCUUUCCUGUCUCCGUCUAAUCGUGUUGUUUCUCUGUUACUCUAUCUCCCCUUCUCUCUCUCUCUCUCUCUCUCUCUCUCUCUUUCUCUCUGUUUGUCUCCCUUUUUCUUUCUUUUUAUUUAUCAAUCUCAUUCAGUCUUUCUAUCUGUCAUUCAUAAUCUUCGUUGUUGUCAACGAGACAAAGACGAGAUAGAGGGAAGUAGAUCGUUUAUCUAGUGCGUGUGUGUUUGUGAACUAUGAUCCUUUAUCAAGGAUUUCGACGUACUUAGGAUCUUAAUAAGGAUCUAAAUUAUUAUUUAGGAAUCAAAGAUCGUAAUAUCACUCUGUGAUAUUGCAAGUGAUAUUCUAAUAACAGUGAACAUGUCGAAGUCAGGAAGCAUUAAAGAUGGGGAAAAGGGUCCUUAUGAUCCUGUGCCAACCAAUAAUGACGCAGGAGGUGACGAAAUUAAACUUGAAGCAAAAAUGUCACUUCUCAAUGGUGUCACCGUUAUCGUUGGUUCGAUCAUCGGUUCUGGAAUCUUUGUCAGUCCAACCGGUGUUUUAAAACAUACCGGAAGUGUUAAUGCUAGUCUUUUGGUAUGGACCGCUUCAGGACUUUUUUCCAUGGUAGGAGCCUAUUGUUAUGCCGAGUUGGGUUGUAUGAUAAGGAAGUCAGGAGCUGAUUAUGCGUAUAUCAUGGAAACCUUUGGACCUUUUAUGGCCUUUAUAAGACUAUGGAUCGAGUGCAUGAUAGUACGGCCUUGCAGUCAAGCUAUCGUGGCCUUGACAUUUAGCAUUUACGUUUUAAAACCUAUUUUUCCUGAUUGUGCACCACCAGAUGAUGCUGCACGAUUACUUGCUGCCUGGUGUAUAUGUACUCUGACAUUUAUAAAUUGCUGGGACGUUAAAUGGGCAACAAAAGUACAGGACAUUUUCACAUAUGCAAAACUUUUUGCACUUUUUAUUAUAAUCUGUACGGGAGCGUAUCAACUAUUCACUGGACACACGGAAUAUUUCACGUUCGAGAAUACCAAAACGGAGAUUACAUCGAUAGCAUUGAGUUUUUAUUCAGGAUUAUUUGCUUACAACGGUUGGAACUAUUUGAACUUUAUCAUCGAGGAAUUGAAAGAUCCUAUUAGAAAUUUACCGAAAGCCAUUGCGAUCUCUUGUACCUUGGUUACGAUCGUCUAUGUAUUAACCAACAUGGCUUUUUAUACGACCUUGAGCCCCGUUGAAGUUUUAGGUAGCGGUGCCGUUGCUGUUACGUUUGCCAAUCAUCUGUUCGGAAUAAUGGCAUGGAUAAUACCAGUGUUCGUAGCUUUGUCAACAUUUGGCGCAGUAAAUGGAAUUCUAUUGACGUCUUCUCGACUUUUUUAUGCUGGUGCAUGCGAGGGACAAAUGCCGGAAAUACUUACGAUGAUCCAAACCUCGAGAUUGACACCUACGCCAGCUGUUAUUUGUAUGGCUCUCCUGUCGAUGCUUUACUUGUGCUCAUCCGACAUCUUUGCACUGAUCAACUACGUCGGCUUUGCCACUUGGUUAAGCAUUGGCGUCUCUGUUCUAUGCCUUCCUUGGCUAAGAUGGGCUCAACCAAAUUUACCAAGGCCAAUUAAAGUAAAUCUCGCUUUUCCAAUCGUCUACAUCAUCGCCACACUUUUCGUCACGGUAGUUCCCAUGUAUAUUACACCUUUGGAAACAGGUUAUGGUUGUUUAAUGAUAUCAUCGUCGGUACCGGUAUAUUUUGCAUUUAUUGCAUGGAAAAACAAACCUAAAUUUUUCGUCAAGGGUGUUGGCGCCGUUACCAAAACUUUGCAGAAGCUGAUGGUAGUCGUCGGGCCAAAGACUAAUAAGUAGGUACCACAAAGUUCCUGCAGAAGAUAAUGGUGGUCGUCGGGAAGUCUAAACCAGCUCAGGUCUAAUUGCCUCGCUUGCGUUAGAAAAGGAAGGAGGAAGGAAGGAAGAAGAAAAAGAAAAAGAAGAAGAAGAAGAAGAAGAAAAAGAUAGAACGAAGAUAGACGGAAAGAAAUAGACAAGAAAAGGGAUUAGGGAUUAAGAGUGUCCUAGGACAAGAGGCAGCCAUAUUGAAGUAGGAUACUGUCAAUCAAAUCCCAAAAUUCUGAUCUUCCUCAUUGUAUCUUCUUUUUCUUUUUUUCUCUGUCUCUCUCUCUCUCUUUCUCUUUUUCUGUCUUUCUCUCUUUCUCUCUUUUUCUUCUUCUCUCAGUAUCCGUAAGAAGAAUUUCGCUAAUAUUUUCUUCGCGAAAUAUCAAUGAACGUUUUUCUUCUUCUUCUUCUUCUUCCUCUUCUUCGUUCGACAAAAAUCAACAAACGUCAACGUGUGAAGAGAAAAAAAGUGUUGGCCUAAAAACAAACAAACAAACAAACAAACAAAGGAAAACGUUCCCGAUCGAUUUUGACGAUAUAUAUGACGAUGUUUACGACGAGUCACGACUAAAAUGACUUGCGUCUUUUCGUCGAUUUGAAUUUACCACUAAAUAUAAUAAUACGUUAAAUAUAAUGACGACGUCUGUUUGUAGUCGUCGAAACAAAACAAAAAAGAAAACA